AUGACUGGCGAGGACAUGUGGGUGCGAUUUGCGCCGAAUGGCCGCCCGAGCGACACGAUUGUCGAGGUUUCAACGGGUGGUGGGCUGGGGCAGCGGGGGCGGCAGUUGCUUGCGGAGUUGCCGCUCAAUGCGGAGCCGAGUGACGCUGCGAUGGGGGAGUUUGGGAAGACUGGCAGAAGCUGUUGCCGCAACCCAAGGGCCUCCGUGAUGUCCUCGCGUAGGGAUCCUCUGUGGCAGGCGACGCGGUUGACGUCGCCGUACUGUGUCUUGAUGGCGAAUGGCGUUCAGGAUGACUUUUACACUUCCUGUCUCUCAUGGGGAAGGGAAAACGUUGUGCUGGCACUGCGAGAUGAGGUGCUUCUCUUUCAGCCGUCACGUUCCCCUGUGCGUCCGGCGGUGCUGAACUUAAAGGAGCGUGGGUGUGGCCUGGCGUCUAGAGUGACGUCUGUGGCCGUGAGCCGUUUUUCUGACAACUCAUGUUUUCUUGGGGAGCUGGACGGUUCUGUUGGUGUCUACGCAUCGCCCGGUGACGGGCCACUGGUACGGACGAGCAACUUCGCGAAGCCACCCUCGCCGCUGGAAAACACGCCUCUUGCUGGGGAAGCUGCGAUGUCCGCGACAGCGAGUGUGCGGUGUUUAGCUACGACAGACGUUCACCCAUGGUUGGUGGCGGCUGGUACGGCAGCGCAGGGUCUUUUUAUUCUCGACAGUCGCUGUCCAACACCUGCUGCGCAAAUAAUGGGGUGCGACACUUUAUUUUCGCUUGAUAGAAAGCGGGCAAAGCCACCUCUCACCCCGGAGGACCUGGUGUCGUUGCUUGCUUCUGCAGAGGGCAUAUGUGGCGUUUCCUGGAAUGCGUCGGGUUCGCUUGUUGCUACGGGUGGGAGUGGCGGGGUUGUGAACAUAUGGUCUCUCUCCCACACACGUGCCCCUGUGCAGCAGAUUAGGCUUCCCAACGCACAUACUACUGUCAAGGCGGUCGCAUUUCACCCCACACUCCCGUAUGAAGUGGCUGUUGGUGGGGGCAGAAAUGACGGCAUGUUGAGGUUGUAUGAUGUCUCAUCCUCAGUGCCGCAGCUUGCGUGGUGUGUCUCUACUGGCUGCCAGGUGACACAGGCGCUCUAUUCCCCUGAUGGUGCAUUUGUUAUUUCCGCCCAGGGUGAUCGACACGCUAAACCGACUGCUGCUAUGAAUGCCGUUGAUGGUGACGCACAGCCCCUGGCCCCACGCACGCUUCAUCCUGCGGGAGACGCUGGGGACGUGCGUCGGGGAGGCAUGAAUCCCCUGGAGCGUCUGACGGUGGAGUUUGAGCGCGGCAUGACUCGUAGUGGCCGUGCGCAGGAGGGUUCACAGGAACCGACUCCAAACUACGGUGAGGCGGCUAUCACUGGGACGUGUGAUUCGCGCCGCAGUGGGGAUUCCCCGGCAUUCGCGUUGGUCAUGUGGCGCAGAGGCACACAACACCGUGACAGUAUGCCUCUCGGCUUUGCCAGCUCCAGACCCACGGCCCAUUCAAGAAGCCGGCCCAUGCAGGAGUCAGCGCAGUCGGCACUCCCGCUUUUUUCAAUGUACGUGAUGACCGGACACCGCUCUCGGCCGCUCCAGUUGACUGCUCCAUUCUCAAAUACGUUGGAUCGGGGCUCCGUCGUUUCCCUUGCCGGUGGCGUUGACAACACGAUUCGGUUUUGGAAGUGUUUCAGCCCCAGGAAUGAGGCGGCUAAUUGGGAGCAGCGUAACCGCGCGUCAAUGAGAGCCGCUGUCACAGACGAAGAUGUGAAGGGGAUGAUGGCUACGCCACUGAGGUGA